AAUGAGGACGAAGAAGAAGAAGGAAGCAGCAGUUGUUUCUCUGUGUCACUUUUUCGCCAUGGCAGCUACCCACUGGGAAGACUCCGUCAAAAGUCUGAAAGGUGUGAUUUUAGACAUGUGCGGCGUGUUAUAUGAUGCUGGGGAAGACGGCGGCUCUCCGAUUCCAGGCUCCGUAGAAGCAGUGAGAAGGCUAAAGGCGUCGGACCUGCAGCUGCGUUUCUGUACCAACGAGACCCAGGCCACACGGGAGGAGUUUGUAGCCAAGCUGCAGAGGAUGGGCUUUGAUAUCUCUGUGUCUGAGGUGUUCUCCCCAGCCCCGGCUGCCGUGGCUGUCCUGAAGGAGAGGGGUCUACGACCUCACCUGCUGGUCUAUGAUGGUGUUGUCCCUGAGUUUGACAGUGUUGAGAAGGCCAACCCAAACUGUGUUGUCAUAGGAGAUGCAGCAGAGAAGUUCUCCUACCAGAACCUCAACGAUGCCUUCAGAGUUCUCAUGGGGCUGGAGAAACCAGUGCUGUUCUCUCUGGGCAGAGGGAAGUACUACAAAGAGGAUGACGGCCUGAAACUGGAUGUUGGGGUUUACAUGAAGGCGCUGGAGUAUGCCUGUGAUAUAGAAGCUGAGGUCAUUGGGAAGCCUGACCCCAUGUUCUUUCAGAAAGUUCUAGAUGACAUGGGGAUUCAGUCACACCAGACUCUGAUGAUUGGUGAUGAUCUGGUGAAUGAUGUGGGCGGAGCCCAACACUGUGGAAUGAAGGGUGUCCAAGUGAGGACAGGAAAAUACAGACCCAGUGAUGAGAAGCACCCCACAGUGACAGCUGAUGGCUAUGUGGACAACCUGGCGGAGGCUGUGGAUACCAUCCUGAAGCUCCGGGGCCAGUGAGGAGAGGACCAGGAAGAACCACCCUCACCACCACAAUACACCAUACACACACAAUCACUGACUACUACUAGUACGACCUGACAGCAGGGAGUAACCCACUAACAUAGAGAGCCAUGGAGGAGAUAGAAGAACAGUCUUAUAAGAGAUAGAGCCAAGAUGGAGGAGAUAGAAGAACAGUCUUAUAAGAGAUAGAGCCAUGUUGGAGCCAAGAUGGAGGAGAUAGAGCCAUGUUGGAGCCAAGAUGGAGGAGAUAGAAGAACAGUCUUAUAAGAGAUAGAGCCAUGUUGGAGCCAAGAUGGAGGAGAUAGAAGAACAGUCUUAUAAGAGAUAGAGCCAAGAUGGAGGAGAUAGAAGAACAGUCUUAUAAGAGAUAGAGCCAUGUUGGAGCCAAGAUGGAGGAGAUAGAAGAACAGUCUUAUAAGAGAUAGAGCCAUGUUGGAGCCAAGAUGGAGGAGAUAGAAGAACAGUCUUAUAAGAGAUAGAGCCAUGUUGGAGCCAAGAUGGAGGAGAUGGAAGAACAGUCUUAUAAGAGAUAGAGCCAUGUUGGAGCCAAGAUGGAAGAGAUAGAAGAACAGUCUUAUAAGAGAUAGAGCCAAGAUGGAGGAGAUAGAAGAACAGUCUUAUAAGAGAUAGAGCCAAGAUGGAGGAGAUAGAAUAACAGUCUUAUAAGAGAUAGAGCCAUGUUGGAGCCAAGAUGGAGGAGAUAGAAGAACACUUUCUUAGAAGAGCAAGAGAAGGUACUGUAGAAACAGUUCAAGUAGCCUGUCUUUGCUAGAGCAAGAGAGCUAUGCAGUUUAGAGAGGCAGGAUGAUACUGAGUCAGAGGGUAACUAGUUAGGUAAGUUAAUAACCUCAUGGUCAGAGGGUAACUAGUUAGGUAAGUUAAUAACCUUGUGGUCAGAGGGUAACUAGUUAGGUAAGUUAAUAACCUCGUGGUCAGAGGGUAACUAGUUAGGUAAGUUAAUAACCUUGUGGUCAGAGGGUAACUAGUUAGGUAAGUUAAUAACCUCAUGUUUACCUGAAGGUGCCUAAAGCCAGUUGUCUGGCCUCUUUACACGAUGAGGACGGACGGACGGACGGACGGACGGACGUAGAGUAUAAUGGAAUCCAUCCUAUAGCUCUGUUUUACACAGUCAACUGCUCUAGAGUAUCAAUCAGUCAGCAACCCUGGCUCUGAGGGGUCUCCGUGUACACACUGGGACCGCAUUACCGUAAUGACUAUGGAUGUUGGUUUUCUCAUUGCUAUGCUAAUAAUGAAACAAUGUAGCAUUUAUAACAUUCAGAGUAGAGGUCAGGACGUUGACGUUGUAACAAUAAAAAUUCCUGAUGGCC